UUAAUGUAGAAUUUUUUAAAAAUGGCGGCUUCCAUGAUUGGAAAUCAAAUUUUGACACAAGUUCAGAGUUUGAAUUCUAUAAAACCUUUAUACCAGAGGUGCUUAGAACUGGAAAAAGUUUUGAAGAAUACAAGUACUAAGGAAUUGAAGAAUGUCCUGCCUUAUUUACUGGAGAACAUAUUUGGGUAUGGACAAAAUCCAGGCUGGGGGUUAGACCUGAUCAACAGAUCCUCCAAUUCACAGGACUUUGAUAACAUCAGAAGACUACUAGCCCCUGAGGGAACUCUCCUGUCUCUAGUGUACACACUGAUGACAGAUUCAUUCUACGAAUUUCCAAUAAACAGUCUACCUACACCAACGCAACAUUUGAUUGAAGAUGGCAGUUUACCAAUUUUUUAUGCCAACAAACUUCAGUAUCUGAAUUUUGGCCGACCAGUCAUUGUACUUAAUGCCUAUGAGCUGUAUAUGUUUCACCUUGCCUACCAUCUAGUCAAUCCUAGUGUUCAGAGACACAACAGUACCUGGAAUAACAUAACUGAUUCCCUUUACCCAGUUCUUAUUGAUGAUUACCUAAACUUUUUCUUGCCAUUGAAUAAAGACAGUCUGCCCAAGAUGCCCAUAGUUCAAGCACUUGUACGCAGUCCAGUUGCCCACUCUCCAAUGGCGGGGAAGUCCUUCAAUAUGCCAACGUCUCCCCCCUCCCCACAGCGACCCAGUCUGCUGAAGUCCAGUUUCGUAUCAGCCCAGAAACAGCAUGCCCAGACAGCAGCAGUUAUCAGUCAGGGGGAGACAACUGAGACAUACCGAUCGGACACUCUUAUACAGGUGUUUGCUGAGUUUUGGUUGAACCAGAAUCCCAUAAGCAUUGACCGACAAUCAUUUUCUCAUACAGCCUCGCCACCGUAUGUCCUGAGAUUACAAAGAGGGCCGUACCAAUACUGGUUUGAGAAUUUCAUGCCCAGCACAAACCAUGUACGCCUCGUGAGAUUGCUGGUGAAACACGUCCAUAACUUUGUCAACACGGCCAAACCUGAGGUGGUGUCCUCACCAUAUCAAAGUCAAAUCACGUCAACACUAGACGAGUUCAAAAAGUCUCUGAUACCGUAUGUCAUACAGAAGAAGCUUUACACAUUCCUUCGCCAUGGCUUUGAUAGAUGGCCACUGGACUGUUCCUUCAGACUUCUUCUAGAGACAUGGUUAACGUACAUUCAGCCAUGGCGUUACAUUUACAGCAAGUCACAGACAGGCUGUAGGGACAGUGAUGUUGGUGACAAUAAAACAGUAGAGGAAAAAUGGUUUCCUUUUGUGGAGGAUAACCUGCUGUUUUAUACAGUGUUGUAUCAGGAGUUUACACAGAGAGUAUUCAGAAUGGAUCUCACUACACAAUUUAAUGCCUGCAUGCUCUACAGGGCAAACAAGGUGUAUAGUCUGCCAAACUUAUCAAACAUGGUAUUUAGAGCCGAGAGGGAAAUGUGUAAUGCUAUAAGGUUAGGACGUCCAGGAAGUCAUGACCUGGGAGGGAGCUACAUCUCCCCCGAGGCUAGUCUGUCCCUCCACUCACAGAUUUCAGAGCUAGAGAAGCCUGGAUUUCAGUAUUGCAGAAUGUACAGUGAAGAAAUGAUUCAAAUGAUGAAAGCUAUUUUAGGACAUAUAGAAGUUGCCAAACAAACCCUUGUAGCCUAUGAAGAAUCUAUUAAUAGGACCAGAAAGUCAGGAUUAGCAGCCAUAUUUGACGUGUCAUCUUGGUUCCAGGAUGACCAGAGCAUGGGGGACAUGUCUCCGUCAGAAGUUAAAAAAGUUCAGUCAUACUUGGACACAGCAGCUUCUAACAUAUGCUAUAUAUUUGAGAUUGAAACUCAUUCUUUUCCUUCAAAACAAAUGUCUUCACCAAAUCAAUUUGAGCAGUCCUCAUUUUUGGAGAGCUCUUUGUUGUCAAAUACAAUACCAGACUGUGAGGAGACAGAGGAGGGGUUUACACUGACACCUCAUGGAAGAUAUCAGUUGAAGAAUAAGAUGAGGAAGUUUGAUGUUGUGUAUCAAGGUGACCCAGAUUUACAGCCAAUCAGAAGUUUUGAAAAUGCCACAUUAGUUCGUCUGCUUCAUCAAUUCUGUAACUUCGUUAAUACUCAGUAUGGUCAGGAUAUUCAGAACCUAUGUGACAGGACUGACCUUAUAGGACGGAUGGCACAGGUGUAUUUUGCUCCACCUCUUCCUUUGGACAGUAAAUUAAAUUCUCCAAUAUCAAGCACACAGAAACGAGCAUUACAGAGACCACGACUCAGCCUUCGACUGCUGGCCAGUUAUCGGACCUUGGUGUAUUUGGGACUUUUCUACCUGAUUCUCACCCUGUGGUGGGGUGUGGGACUAGUGGGAUUUUGUUUCUUUGUGAUUGGAUUAGUAUUAUUGUAUGGAUUUCUUUUUGCCAUGAUUCACAGAUCCAAAGUUAAAAUGAAUUAGAUUUGAAUUUUGACAUUCUCUCAUCAAAUUUUACAAUAA